CUGUUUCUCACCCCACACUUCUCUUCUCUUCACUAUAUAUACACAUCAAAAUGAACACAACAUCAUCAUCCAUCAAACACUUUGCUUUUCAUCUCCUACCACUUAUAGCAUUCUGUAUAUUUCUCAAUCCAGGAGAUUUUACAUUGAGAAGCUAGCACACAUGACUCCAGCAAUGGUAGGAAGUGGAGAGAGUAAUAAACCAGAAAAUCAAUAUCAGAAAGGAGUGAAGCACCUUGUUGAAAAUGGCCUUCACAGUGUACCUAAAAAGUACAUACUUCCACCUUCUGAUCGACCUGGUACAAACUCAGAAGACUCAAAUGUUGCCAAGCAAAACCUUGAGCUACCUAUCAUUGAUUAUUCCGAACUGCUUGGUCCAAGAAGGCAACAAGUCCUUCAAUCCCUGGCCAAUGCUUGUGAAGGGUACGGUUUUUUUCAGCUGAUAAACCAUGGUAUCUCAGAUGAUGUUAUCAGCAGCAUGAGGGAUAUGAGUGGAAAGUUCUUUGAUCUUCCUUUUGAGGAAAGAGAAAAGUACAUGACAACUGAUAUGAGUGCACCUGUUCGAUGUGGGACUAGUUUCAGCCAAACCAAAGACAGUGUGUUAUGUUGGAGGGACUUCUUGAAACUUCUCUGUCAUCCUUUACCUGAUUUCCUCCCCCAUUGGCCUGCUUCCCCCUUAGACUUCAGGAAAGACGUGGCUACCUACGCAGAAAAAACCAGACACCUGUUCCUGAUGUUGAUGGAAGCCAUUCAAGAGAGUUUAGGAAUCAUUGAAGGAAAGGAGACAGAAGGAAAAGACAACAUUCUAAGAGAGUUGGAAGAUGGGAGCCAGAUGAUGGUGAUCAACUUCUAUCCACCAUGCCCUCAACCUGACCUAACCUUGGGGAUGCCCCCUCACUCUGAUUAUGGAUUCCUCACACUCCUUCUCCAAGACCAGGUGGAGGGUUUGCAGGUACACUUCCAAGAUCAAUGGUUAACUGUUCAACCUAUCAACAAUGCUUUUGUUGUCAAUGUUGGUGAUCACCUUGAGAUAUACAGCAAUGGGAAGUACAAGAGCGUGUUGCACAGGGUCAUGGCUAAUUCAAAGAAGAAUAGAACAUCAGUGGCUUCUCUCCAUAGCCUUCCUUUCAACUGUACUGUGAGACCGUCACCAAAACUCAUUGACCAACACAAUCCCAAACGUUACGCAGACACCAAUUUUGAUACUUUUCUUGCAUACGUUACCACCAGAGAGCCCAAGAGAAAGGAUUUCCUCGACUCCAGGAAAUUGACUUCAGUAUCCGUAGAAGAAAAAGAAAUAAAAUAAUUUUUGUCAUUAGAUUAUUAUUGGAACUAUAUAUAUAAAUUGAAGUGCCAUGGCACACAAUAGAGGAAAGUUAUCUGUGUAACAUAUUAUCAGUAUUAAUUUUGAUAUUGUAGGACACUCUGAUUGUCACUGA